CUCGAUGAUGGUUUUGCCAUUUUCUCGUUCUUAUUAGGGUUUAGCCUGCUAUUUAAUCUGUCAAGGCCGCUACUCUUCUUCGUCCUUUCCUUCGUCACCCGCCUCUACCUCCCGCCACUGCUUUGUACUGAAGACGACGAGCCUCUGCGAUGGCGUUCGCCAAAGCCCAGAAAACCAGAGCAUACUACAAGCGGUUUCAGGUCAAGUACAAGAGACGCCGCGACGGGAAGACUGAUUAUCGUGCUAGGAUUCGCCUGAUUAAUCAGGACAAGAACAAGUAUAACACUCCGAAGUACCGAUUCGUUGUUCGAUUUUCGAACAAAGAUGUGGUGGCUCAGAUUAUCCACUCCACCAUUGCUGGAGAUCACGUCAUGGCCGCUGCUUACUCUCACGAGCUCUCCCACUACGGUCUUGAAGUCGGCCACACUAAUUAUGCUGCUGCUUACUGCACUGGACUUCUCCUUGCCCGGAGAGUCCUCAAGAUGCUUGAGUUGGAUGAGGAGUACCAAGGAAAUGUCGAGGCUAGUGGAGAGGACUACUCUGUUGAACCAGCUGAGAGGAGGCCCUUCCGUGCCCUUCUUGAUGUUGGUCUUGUGAGGACCACGACUGGGAAUCGUGUUUUCGGUGCCCUCAAGGGAGCACUUGAUGGUGGACUUGAUAUCCCCCACAGCGAAAAGAGGUUUGCUGGGUUCAGCAAAGAUAGCAAGCAGCUCGAUGCUGAAGUUCACCGCAAAUAUCUCUAUGGUGGCCACAUCGCUUCAUACAUGAGGAGCUUGCAAGAAGAUGAACCUGAGAAGUACCAGACUCACUUCAGCCAGUACUUGAAGAGAGGGCUUGGACCUGAUGAUAUUGAGGCAGUGUACAAGAAGGUUCAUGCUGCCAUCCGUGCUGACCCCACCGCGAAGAAAUCUGAUAAACCGGCCCAAACUCAACACAAGAGGUACAACCCCAAGAGGUUGACUUUUGAUGAGAGGAGGCAGAAGUUGAUCGACAGACUGAAGGCUCUGAACUCCGCCGCUGAUGAGGACGAUGAUGAUGAGUAGAUGCAGGAGCAGUCGUAGUAGUGUGGAACUUGAAAUGGCCAUUUUGUUGCACUCUUACUUAGUAAGACGAGGAUUUGUUUGCGCUCGAUUUGCUGCUACGAACUGUGUUAAACGUAGCUUGUUUUUUUGGCAGAUCAGUUCUUUUGCUGCUAUGUUGAAUGAGAGAGUUUUCAAUCUACUUUUUAAGUUGCUUCUCAAGACUAAUCAAGAAAGCUUGUUUGU